AUGCCUCGUAAGAGAAUCGUUGCAGGAAAUGCUACACAGCGCACUCUAGACGGAUUUCUCAGAUCCAGCUCGCCUAUAGAGCUGCAGACAAAUCCUCAUGAAUCUAUUCGCAAACCGCGAAAGAGGCAAAGUCGCAAGACAGUGUCUGACUAUAACAGUUCAUCCGCUCAUAUACUCGCUAAUAAUGAUGAUUUGAGUCAAAGCAGCGACACAGGCGCGAUUCAUUUUGAGCAGCAAGUCACAGAGAUCAGCUCGGACGAAGAUAGUCAAAAACAGUCUCCCCGCCGGCCCGUAUCCAAAAAACGCAAAGUUACCGCGCGCAGAGCCGAUAGUGACGAUGAAGAUGUCGCCCCCGUUGCGAGUGAGGAGGAAGUGAAAGGCAUUCCAGUGGUAUGGAAAGCGCGAAAGACUGGUGUAAAGCGGUCGCAGGUAGUUGUGAGCGACUCAAGUGAAGAACAAGGAUCCAAGCAUCGGCGAAGAAAAUUCGUCAAGGGAAUCAGACCCCCUUCUCCUGAGGAGAAUUUGUUGAAUGAGGUCGACGAAGACAAGAUCAUCGAGCCCCGUCUCCGUCAGCGUGAUAAGAAGUCCGUUUUUCAAAGAAACCUUGAGAAACUCAAACGUAGGAAACGAGGAGAAGUCGUUGAAUCACCGUCGUCGUCAUCGAAUGAAAAGUCGGACGAUCCAGUACCUUUCAGACAUGCUAAACGCGACCGUUCCGCGGAAUCAAGCGAUCAAAGUGGGGCUGAAGCUAAUGCCGACGAUGGUGGGGAGGACGAGGAUAACUUCAUAGUGGAAGAUGACAGUACUGAAGCUCCAGCACUUCCCGUCGAGUUCAGCAUGAGCACUCACCAGGAUCUUGUCCACCAUUUCAAGACCAUUUGCCAGCUAUUUGUGCACGUUGCCGUUCAUCCUAAAAAGGAUCACGCGUUCGUCAUGGAAGAACUUCUCGAGCAGCAGUAUUUUAUAGUACCUUUAUCUGUCACUCGCCGUAAAAUAUCCGGCAUGCGGGAUUCCCUCGUCACUUCGUCCACAUGGAGACCUGAGUUCAAGAAAUCCUUAGAUACAUACCCUGAUUUCGAAACAUUCCGACUUGAUUUUGCCACACCUUCAUGUGACGCAUGUCAUCUAGGGGGGCGAAUGUCUACCAUACUCGGUAGACUGGGCGGUCGCCCAUACGAUCGUGAUUCCUUUGAGCAUUCCCUCUUCAAAGCUCUCCUGCUAGAGAUCGACUCACUGCGGGACGGAAAUGCAAAUGGGUUUGUACGUGUGGCUUAUGCUGGGAGCAUGAAGCCACCAGAGGACCUGUCGGAUGCAGACGCAAUUAUGGAAUGGUUGGAUUCCAGAGGUGUUAUCAAUUUUGAGUGGCUGAAAAUAAAGGAGAUGAUGGAGAGUGCCAGAAAUCUUGAGUCGCGUGCAAGGAAAGGGGAAGAUGAUUUGAGCGACUAG